AUGGAGUAUCCAUCAUCAUCAUCACCGACGUUUCUUACCACCGCAAGCUUAGACAAGGGAAAACCAUCUCCGGUCUCGAGAAGUCCACCAAAGCAAAAGAGGAAGGCGACGACUUCAACGAACAAACCCAUCAAAGUCCGUUACAUAUCAAACCCCAUGAGAGUCGAAACUUGUGCUUCCAAGUUUAGAGAGCUCGUACAAGAACUCACCGGCCAAGACGCAGUCGAUCUUCAACUGGAGCCAGAGUUUUCCCCAACCGCUGUCUCCGACCACAGCCCUUCUCCGCCGCCGGAGAAUCUUGCGCCGCCACGUGUUCUUGAUCAGGAGCCGUUCGAUGAUAUAGUUGCUGACUAUUAUGAGCCGUUAGAUGCGGGAGAGAUGUAUAUGCCUCAAAUGUCGGCAGGUUUUUCUGGGUUUUUCUCGAAUGGGUUUUACAAUGUGAAUGACUUUGGAAGAAUCGAUUCUAUGUAA